AUGACGCCCGUUCCCGCUCUGAUCGGCUCCAUCAGACGCGUGUACCAAUACCAGCGGCUUCUCCAGCAGAGACCAGAGUUCGGGCGUGUUUGGCUAGCUACUUCCGAGAGCCCUGGGCAGGAGAUACUCGUCUAUGAACAUCUGACCAAUGACUUUCAAUCUCUCAUCAGAGAAGAGCUGCACGUCACCGCCGCCAAGAAGAUCCUCGAGGCUGCCUUACAGGGGCUUGCUGAUCUACAUUCGAGAGACAUCGUGCAUCNNUUGAGUNGCAUAUACGCCACCCUAGGAAAAGUCAUUUUUGGCCUUGACGAGGAUUUCAGAAAGCAUGAAAGCCAAGGCGCCAUACCUUUCUUGAUUCAUCUACAGCGGCAAGUCUGCUAUUUCGGAGACGAACAGGGAGUCUCCGGACUUCUGAAGCAUGUAGGUGAUGACAAGGUCAGCACCGAGGUGUUGAAGGUACUGUGGGAAGAUCGAGAGGUGGAUCACAUAGACUACUUGCCAUCCUCGCAAUGGCCAGAAGUGGGAGAUGAAGUCUUUAUAGACCUCAUCCAAAAGUUGAUGAGCCUCGACCCUGCGAAGCGUAUCACGGCUCUGGAAGCUUUGGAACAUCCUUGGUUUCAUGGCACUCUCAUUGAUUGA